AUGCCGUUGAAACCAUUCUUGUACCCGCUGCCUGAAACCAGGUUCCUGCACGCGGGCGGAGUUGUGUAUAAGUUUAAAAUCCGCUGUGGCAACUUGCAGAGCACUCCUGAACUCAACAACACUGAUGUUGCUGUCAAGGAGUUUGAGGAAGCAAUUCGAGUCAUCCUUGGAAAUCUUGAUGAUUUACGUCCAUUUUCUACAGACCACUUCACUGUCUUUCCAUAUUUGAGUAAAUGGGAAAGGGUAUCAGAAAUGAGAUUCAAACACGAGGAUGUCAGUCUGGUGCCCUAUCCCUACAUCUGCACCAUGUAUCUAGAGCUCAACUCAUUUCAGCAGAGUUUGUCUUUGGGUAAAGAAGCCAACAGCAACACUUCUGAGCCUGUCAAGAGAAAAAGUGAAAUACCAGGAAGCACUGAAAUGGAAGAAACAGUGAAGAGGAGAAGAGUUGAAGGUCAAACAGAGACCUCAUACCCAAAGCUGUGCAUGGACAGACCUGGAACUGAGAGUGUUCACCAUGCAAUUAAAGCAGAGCAUGGGUUUGAAAAGAGUUAUUCCAAAGAAAUUCAGUGUGAGCAUCGUCCAGCAUCCCUCAGCGUGGGCUGUAACCAAGAGUGCUUAUGGAGACCUGUGGGAUAUGAUGUGGAACAAAGAGCAGAAAUCAGUCAGCCUGAAGGUGAAAUGCAGGUAUUGCAGCAAACGGACCAAAUCACCACCAAAGGAAUUGAGGAGCCAAAACGAGGAGUUCUCUCAAAGUUCUGGAGGAGGAUAUUUUCUCCGCUGCAGCACCUUUUUGGUGGGAAGCCCUGAACUAAUUGCCUGGAGAAGUCAACUUCUACCGCAUAUGUCAGGUCGUGUUGUUUCUUUUGCGAUUGAGCUUUUCCCCUUGCUCGCCUCAGCCAUUAAAUGCUUCGCGCCCAGGUUCACAUUUUCAA